AUGGUUGAGAGGUGCUAUAGGGUUGAUGUUGUCAAUGAAGAGCUAGAUCGUUUGGGAAGGGUUAUGAUGAGUCCUCAAGAUCCAAUGAUUGAAGCUCUCACAUGUGAGGAAGAGUACUUCUCUCAAGAAGCAAAGGAGUUUGCCAUGGCCAUUGAAGAAGCCAAAGAGGAGGAAGCAAGUGAUUCUAAGCAUGAUGAGCUAGAAUUUGAGGAGUGUCAAGAGACGAGUUUGGUAUUGAACUGGGAGAAAUGCCACUUUAUGGUCGACGAAGGCAUAGUCCUAGGCCAUAAAGUAUCAAAAAAGGGCAUAGAAGUUGAUUCGGCAAAGGUUUCGGUGAUUGCCAAGUUGCCCCCUCCUACUUCCGUUACUGGAGUAAGAGCCUUUCUAGGGCAUGCCGGUUUUUACUGGAGGUUUAUCAAAAAAUUUUCAUCAAUUGCCAAGCCGUUGACCGAAUUGCUCAAAAAGGAUGUUGUAUUUAGCUUUGAUGAGGCUUGCUUUGAGGCGUUUCAAAAACUCAAGGAAGCCCUAAUCUCCUCUCCUAUUGUGCAAGCUCCGGAUUGGAGCUUUCCCUUUGAACUAAUGUGA